AUGGAAGAAAACUGGCUGCAGGUAUCUCGACGGCGGCGUGGAAAAAAUCUUAGAUCACAAGACGACCUGUGGAAAAAUUUAGAUAUUGAGGAAGAAAAGGGUGAGCCUGUACCUGAUGUCUCCGCUCGUAAACAGAUGCAAAUAAUCGAUCGAGUUCACGGCAUCGCUGAUAUUUUGCGCAAGUCCGUGCUACUAAAAGAUGCACAAAGUGUAAUUAUGAAGCACUUUGACAUGAAAUCUGAAGAGACUUCAGUCAAAAAUGAAGAAAACCAAGCUGACUCAACAGAGAAGACACACAGUGGGCUGACCAUCGUAGGAUACGGCCUUGGAAGCUUUUGCGCGUCGAUAAAUGCUGUACAUCAGUUGGCCUUUCUUGUCGUCAUGAGAGAAGCGUUUAUGAAAAUAGAGGCAACUUGGGAUAGUCAUGCAGUAGGGAGCUUGAAAAGUCGUCACAUUUGUGUUGAAAUUUAUGAUCCUGCCAUGAACAAGAGCGACGUUGCAAUUGCAAAUUACUUUCAACUAGAAGUAAUUCAAAAGAACGAGCAUGGGCGUCGGCUUGUAAAGUCCAACACGGUAUUCUUUAUGCCACAUUGUAGCAAGACGUUAUAUCAGAACGUCUUGGCUUGCAAUUGGGGUCCUGCGAUUGGAAAACUCGUCAUUAUCGGCAACAGUUUUUCAGCGUACAGAGAUCGCACGCUUGUAACUAAAGAGCGUGAGAAGCUGCUUUUCGUCAGAGUGCUGCCGUAUUUGAAAGAGAUUCAAUUAUCUUGCGGUGUCGCCAAAAGCCACAAGGAGUAUAGAACCUAUGAGGCGGCAUUCAAUGACCUUAGCGUGCAUAUAUUUCCUUCCCAGUUGCUUACCCGUGGUCUUAAAGACGACACUCUUUUGGGUAACAAAAUGGGAGCUGUAGCUACUACGCCAGAAUUUUCGGUCAAGAAAGAGUCACUUCGAAUGGUAGUGACGUGCGAAACUCCGAUAACCGCAGACCAAAUCCUUGAUAACGGAUUAUUAUAUAUAAAGACACAAAAGCGGGCGAGUCGUCCGUUUCCAUCACGUGCACGUUUCUCCUUCCAGGUGCAUAGGAGCAUGAAGGUGCGUCAUCUCUUAGGUUGGUCACGCCCUACGGAUAUGGCCAUGAGCAGUUUUCAAACGAGCAAGAUAAAGGUUGACUCACUGUCGAUAAACGGACUCCUUUCACCCGAAUCAGUCGCUGCUCGAAGUCGAAAUAACAACUCACAGGAUAUGGAAUUCUCGCACAAUCUCAAAAGUGAUGAAAACAAGCCUGAGAAUGCCGUGGACAAGGUACUGACAGCAGCUCCUGUCAGUAGAGAAAAGCGGACGCCUUCUGCAGCUCAUUGCAGCAACAAUAAUAACUCAUCAACAUCAGCCUAUACGUCUCAAUUCCGGGUUGCCAUACCCACAAAUUUCGAUAAAACGCCAACGGCGUCUCCUCCAAAAGUAACAUUUCGUAAAGGUGAAAAAAGUUUCCUUGAUUUUCAUCAGCAUUAUGCGAUCACAAGACAUUUGGGCGAAGGUUCGUACUCGACUGUAAAACAGGUGACGCAUCGUAAGAAAGGAGGCUUUUACGCAUGCAAAAUUGUUGAUAAAUUAAGUCUUUCAGAUGUCGAUCGUGCCGCGUUAUCACACGAGGUUCGCGUCCUCUCCAGUGUCAACCACGUCAAUAUUAUGCGCUUGUACGAAGUCAUUGAAGACGAUGCAAAGUGUUAUUUAGUCACAGAGCUAGCAGAAGGAGGAGAUUUGUUUGAUCGUAUUGUCAAACAUGGUAAAUUUUCUGAACGAGAGGCGCAGAAGGUCAUGGCAGCACUUGUGGAAGCGUUAUACUAUUGUCAUUUACACAAUAUCAUUCACCGUGACGUCAAACCUGAAAAUGUGCUGCUUUCAGGCGAUGACGUAAAAUUGUGCGACUUUGGCUUUGCUAGACAACUCAAUCAUCAAGAUGAUCAGGCUUCGGACUCAUGUGGUACACCAGGCUAUGCUGCGCCAGAGAUUUUAGAUGGAAGAUCUUAUGGUCUCGAAGUCGACGUUUUCUCACUAGGUGUUGUGACUUACAUAAUGUUGUGCGGAUAUCCUCCGUUUCCGAUGAAACUCGCUCAACUUCGUACACAUCGUUUUAAUGUGCGUUACCCGUCGAAAGAUUGGGCUGCUAUUCACCCCGAUGUCAAGACUCUGAUCUCGCACAUGCUCCACGUGGAUCCAAAAGAGAGACCGACAAUGGCAGUUCUUCGAACAAAUCCGUGGGUUAAAGCUGGUCGGAUUACUCUUGAGCGUCUACGCCGGGAAAAUGAAGAACGUCAGCGUCUAGCCGACCUCACCCGACGACAACAAGCCGCGUCGGCUAUUCGCAAAAAGCUUGUCAUGGGUGGCUUUGAAGCUAUUAAGUAUGGACGCAACGGGUUACCUCAUCGCACAAAGUUGCGCUUGUCAACGGAUGGGAAAGUCAUGAGCUGGCAGCCCAAGUUACUGAAGCGGAGCUUGCUACGCUACCAGAACGCACGCACUUUUACAAGUUUAUUUGGCAUAAGUGGCAAAAACAAUACUGAGGAAAAAAACUCAUCAGCUUUACAGGACGAGGGUUCUAAGUCUGAAACGCGGCGACCAGCAGUAGGUACGUCUUAUAAAGACGAGUCUGCCGACGCUUGUUCCACGGUCAAUAAUGUUGACGGCGCAGGAAGUACUACCGACGCUAUUAACGAAAAGCGAUUUUGGUGGCGCUCGCUACAUCGAGAGCGUAGUUCAAAGACUGAGCGAACGGCCAGCGGCGGAUUUACGCGUCCAACUACUACUCGACAGACUGCUAGCACUCCGUCAUCGCCAAUAACGCCACCCAUAGUCAAAGUGUUGCGUUUUCCAACCCCCAAUGUAACAUUGGAGCAUACAGAGUCUCCAUACGCGACAUCAUCAGAUCGAUUGGAUGAUUCAAUUAAGCUGCAUGACAUAAGAGAGUUAUUGCCAGGUGAUCGCGCGAUAUUCUUUGCAGGACACGCGAUGAACUUGCCAAAUUCGUCGAAACGUGCGGUGGAUCCGGCUUGUGUAUUGUCUGUCUGCACACGCUAUCGGGAGCUUCACUUGGAAUUCUCAAAUGAAGGAGUUCGCGACGGAUUCAUGUAUUUAUUACAACAAGCAACAUUGCCCUUGCACCAAUGUGCUUUGACUCAAUCGCAUUUGAUGAUGGCGACGGCAACGCCUCCACCGGUACCGCUCUCCUUAUCGAGUAGACAACGUGGAGCAAUGACGCCAUUAGAGGAAGAAAUAAAUCGAAGCAGUGGACCUGAAGUUGAUGAAGAUAUUGAUGAGGCUAGAGCGAAGGAAGCGAUGGCAGCAAGACCCAAUAAUCAGGCUGAAUAA